AUGGCCGCCAUCAAGUCUCUCAUGACCCGCGACGAGGUCGUCCACCAGCUUGCCAAGCGUCAAAACUGGGCCGCCAAGGAGCCUGGUGUUAUUGUCGUCUUCUGCAUUGUUGGCGUUGUCGCUAUUGGCCUUCUCAGCCUCUUCCUUUACAGGAAGGCCAUUGCUCGCAGGGCCAACAAGGCCUCUACCGUCUAA